AUGUCGUCCGCUCCUCAGUCCGCUGCUGUGGACACGUCUCAUCAACAGCUCGCCAAGGAUGCCUCUAUCGAGGACCCUACCGCUGCCAGCACCGGCUCCCACCACGAUGUCGCCGACGAUAAGGUCGCCUACUCGUCAUCUGACCGUGAUAUCGAGAGCAGCGGCCGCCCUCCCAUUGAAGCAAUUGAGCCUCACCCUCAAGGUGAGCCUGGCCGCGUCAGCAAGCUUUGGCACUCGAUCCGCACUCACAAGGCUACCCGCAUUCUCCUGGAUGUCUUCCUCAUCUGCUUGAUUCUUGGAUGGUGGUUGCCUGGUAUUAUCCGUGAGGAGACUCGCCACCGAUGGGUCAUCACCACAAUUUGGUCCUGGUUCUUCAUUCUGCUUAUUCUCUUCCAUAACGAUCGCUACCUUCCCAAGGCUCCGUUUGCACAAGCUAUCGAGACUGUUUGGACCACUUGCAUUUCCAAGCCUUGGAGCAUGGUCCCCCACUACGGCCAGCUUGCUCUAGGAUGGCUCGCUCUUCUCGCCCUCUACUUUGGUAGUGCAUUCGGGAUCAAGGAGGUUCCCGAGUCGCGAUAUGGCGACCGCGCCCGUUCGCUCUUUGGCCUUUUCCUCAUCAACAGCUUCUUUUACGCCAUCUCAACGCGCCGCGCUAGCAUCAAACUCCAGCCCGUUAUGACCGGACUUGGUUUGCAAAUGAUCAUUGGUCUCCUGGUAUUCAAGACGGGUGCUUUCUAUAGCGUAGCCCAGUGGCUCGCUUUCGCUGCUGCCGACUUGCUCGCUCAGGGUCAGAUCGGCGGCGCCGCCUUCUUCUGGGGCAGCCUUGCUGGCCAACACUACUUUUUCAUCGACACGCUCUCGUCGAUCAUCUUCUUCGUUGCCCUCGUUGUGCUCCUCUCGUACCUUGGUGUCAUGUCGUGGGCCAUCCGCAAGUUUGCCUGGUUCUUCUUCAAGCUUAUGGCCAUCUCCGGUGCCGAGGCUGUCGUCGCUGCCGCUUCGCCUUUCAUCGGUCAGGGCGAGAACGCUGUGCUGGUGCAGAGCUUCCUCGAUCUCAUGACCAACGCCGAGCUCUUCCAGGUGCUCACCUCGGGUUUCGCUACCAUUGCUGGUUCCGUCUUCCUCGCCUACGUUCAGAUGGGUGUUGAGCCAACCCACCUGAUCACCGCCGCCGUCAUGUCGAUCCCCGCUUCCAUCGCUGCUGCCAAGAUGGUCGUGCCUGAGACUGAGACCCCUGUCACUGCCGGCUCGAUUAACAUCCAGAUCAACGAAAAGUCGGAUGCUGUCGAUGCCCUCCACGCUUUCUCCAACGGUGCUUGGCUCGGUGUUCGCGUCGCUGCUCUCAUCUUCUGCAACGUGCUCUGCAUUGUUUCGCUUCUCUACGCUGUCAACGGUGUCUUGACCUACAUUGGCAAUUUCUGGACGAUUAACAAACUUACCCUCACCUUGAUCCUCGGUUACAUUCUCUAUCCCUUCGCGUGGUGCAUGGGCGCCCCCAAACACGAGCUGCUGCGCGUCGCUCAGCUGCUGGCCACUAAGAUUGUCGCCAACGAGUUCGUUGCUUACUCGGAUCUCGCCAAGAUCAAGACCAGCGCCAACCCUCUCUCGGACCGCUCGGUUCUCAUCUGCAACUUUAUGCUUGCCGGUUUCGGUAACAUUGGUUCGCUCGGUAUCAACAUUGGUGUGCUCUCUGGUCUCGCCCCGAGCCGUGGUGGUGCGAUUGCCCGUCUGGCUCCGCUUUCACUGCUUACCGGUAUCCUUGUCACCUGCUCGUCGGCUUGCAUUGCCGGUGUUCUCGGCACCAAGUAG